GCAAGAUGGCGGCCACCGCCCCUUGCGGCUCCGGCGCUGAGGAGACGGGGUCGGAGGCAGCAGCCGGCAAGCCCGGUGGCACCAGCUUCCAGAGGAAGGGCCCCAGGGCCGGCGGCCUCGACCGCGGCGGCUCUCGCCUGGUGUCCAUUGCGGGCACACGACCAUCGGUGCGGAACGGGCAGCUGCUGGUGUCAACCGGGCUUCCAGCCCUGGACCAGCUCUUAGGUGGAGGCUUAGCUGUUGGAACAGUUCUUCUCAUUGAAGAGGAUAAAUAUGAUAUUUAUUCACCUUUACUCUUCAAGUAUUUCCUGGCAGAGGGAAUCAUCAGUGGGCAUACUUUGUUGGUCGCAUCUGCUAAAGAAGACCCUGCUGACAUUUUACAGGAACUUCCUGCCCCAUUACUUGAUAAUCAUUGUAAAAAGGAAUUUGAUGAAGAUUCAUGUAAUGAUAAAACGCCAGAAUCUAAUAUUGAGAUGAAAAUAGCUUGGCGUUACCAGCUACUACCCAAGAUGCAGGCCGGGCCAGUAUCAUCUUCAAGAUUUGGUCACUAUUAUGAUGUUUCAAAAAGAAUACCCCAAGAACUGAUUGAAGCUUCAAAAUGGUAUGGAUUUUUUCUUCCAGAAAAGUUAUCAUCAUCUCUUCCAGCAGAACCCUGUUAUCUGACCCAUGGCUACCUAAAGCUACUUCAGUUCAUUCAGAGCAUCAUUUAUGAGGAUGGAUUUGAUGGAACCAAUCCCCAGAAAAAACAGAAAAACAUUUUAAGAAUAGGAAUUCAGAAUCUUGGUUCACCUCUGUGGGGAGAUGACAUCUGCUGUACAGAAAACUGUGACAACAAUCACAAUCUUACCAAAUUCCUUUAUGUCCUCCGUGGUCUUCUGCGGAACUCCCUUUCAGCCUGUAUCAUCACAGUGCCGUCACAUCUCAUCCAGAAUAAAGCAGUUAUUGCUCGUGUUGCAAACUUGUCAGAUACAGUAGUUGGGCUGGAAUCAUUUAUGGGUUCUGAGAAAGAAACCAACCCACUAUAUAAGGAUUAUCAUGGUUUGAUUCAUAUACGGAAGAUUCCUCGACUUAAUAACCUGACUGGUGAUAUCUCAGAUGUGAAAGACUUAGCUUUCAAAUUAAAAAGGAAGCUGUUCACCAUUGAGCGCCUGCAUUUGCCCCCGGACUUGUCAGACACAGUGAGCCGCUCAAGCAAACAGGAUGCGGCGGAAUCCGCCACGCGGCGGGGCCCAGGCUGUGGCAUGAUGGCCGGAGGCAAGAAGCACCUGGACUUCUAGCGAGUUCUCCUUAGCCGUUGUAUGCAGAAUGAUAUGACACCCUAAUUAUGAUUGCUAAUAGCUUAUGUAAAUAUUUUUCUUAAUGAGUUGACCCUCCAAUCCUUCAAAAGAGAAAACACUCAGGAUUGUAAAGCAGAGAGCCCCGCUUCCUCCCCCCGCCCCCCAAUCUCUUCAAUUUUGUAAAAGAAACAACUUUUUAUACAGAAGUAGUACAGCAGAAAUACUUCCAUUUAAAAUGUUUUGUGCCCCCUUUGGAGGAACUGUACCAUUUUAUUUUUAAUAAAGGGAAGUGACAGAUCAGAAACGCA